AUGGACAACGUUGGCAUCAGUGACAGUAUUGCAAGGGCAAACGUUGACACAACAAAACUUCUGACACAUGGUGACAUUGUCCCAAAUUUACAAAGAAAUGCAGAUCCUUGCACAAACAGCGGAUGCAAAUGGACUAAACAAGGACGAUACGUCUAUGUGCCUGUCACUAUGUCCUCUGAAUUCAGUAAGUGUUGGUCAUACCUUGGGCGUCAACCGAGAGGGCAGCCAAUCUCUUUACAGAAAAGGGGCUGUGUUCACCACGGCAUUGUGCAACACGAAGUUCUUCACGCUCUUGGAUUGCACCAUGAGCAAGUUCGGUCUGACCGAGAUGAACAUGUCAACAUUUUGUUUGAGAACAUAAUGCCAGGAGCUGAAAGAAACUUUGAGAAGGUGAACACAAACAACUUGGGUACCCCCUAUGACUUUGACUCCAUCAUGCAUUACAGCAAAUUUGCCUUCUCCAAAAACAAUCAACCAACAAUCGUUGCUAAAAUGGAUCCCGACCGUCUGUUUGGACUUUCAACCGAGAUGACCGGCAAUGACACUGCACGUGUCAAUGCUCUAUAUGAAUGUGGCCUGAACCCCGUCAGCCAAUUGGUCAACAAGACUGGUUAUCCAUACCGACUUAAGAAUGGGGCCACCGUCACCAUCCUCUACAUGGAUGACUUAAAGCUGUACUGUAAGAGCGAGCGAGACAUUGACUCAAUGAGCCACACCACCAGGAUUUACAGCGGGGACAUCGGAAUGUCAUUUGGACUGGAGAAAUGUGGUCGAAUGGUGACAAAGUCCGUUGGAAUAUCAGAGGCAAUGAUACCUGAAAUAGCAGAAAUGAACAAGUCCUACCGAUGGUUAGAGAGGGCUGCGCUGAAGGACAGCACAGAGGCACCAAUCAUGGCAGCACAGGAAUACGCGGAACGUCAUAACUAA